AUGUACUUCCCUGUCUUUGCUGUUUUGGCAGUACUCCCCCUUCUCACCGGUGCUCUUGGACAUGGCCACCGCCGUUUCCAGGGCCGCGAUGUCAAGACCGAAGUCGUACUUGUCACUCAGACGGUGUAUACCACCAUGAUCAUCGCUCCAACCCCCAACAUCACUGCAUCACAGGCACCCGUACUGAGCAUCCUCACCGUCGGCAACCCAAGCACCAUUGUGCAGAUCUCCUCACCUUCUACCACUACACCCACAAAGCCGUCAACACCGCCCCCGAACCCAUACGCCCCACUAGUCCCCACCCCUAACAACGCCAGCAUCGUAAACUCAUGCGACUACGACGUCUGGGUCUCCUCCAUCGGCGGCCACGAAAGCUGCGGACCAGGCAACACAAACUACCUUGUACGCGCCAAAACCACAUACACCGAGACCCUCCGCGUAUGCAAGAACGCCGGAGUCUCACUCAAGGUAGCAAAGACAGUCGUGGGCCUCGCGAAACCCAUGCAGUUCGAAUAUACCGUCGGGGCCGACAAGAAAAGCGUGUCCUACGAUAUCUCGUACCUGGACUGCAUGGUCAAGAACGGCACGGAGGUUAAAGAUGUCACAGGGUGUGUUGGGCAGGAGAAUGGGAUCCAGACUGCGGGUGGUGAGAAUUGUAAGGGGUUCCAUUGUGUGCCUGGGGUUGAGUGUGCGCAGUUGGCGUAUACGGAACCAGAGUUUGGAGGCAGGUCUGAGGCGCCUGUCGGUGCUUGUGAGGUUGACGGCGGAGUGGCAUUUGAGAUUUGUGCUGGAAAUAGGGGGUGGAGGGUAGAGAGGAAGGAGGAGCGAUAUAAUCGUCGGCAGUCUCUUUCUAGGUGCCGGCUGUUUUCUUUCUUCAUAAGGGGAAAUCAUUUGCACAUCGGCAAGCAACGCGAGUGUGCUGAUGUAUGAUGAUG